GAAUUGGCGAAAUGCAUUGGAGCGUUUCUCCAAGAAGACUACCCGGCAUUUCAUGGGAGAAACUUCAGUUCAUAGUACAGACGUGCCUCGAGUGGACGGAAGCAUGAGGAAAAAGUGAACAGUUACAUCAUACAAGCGCAAAGCACUAGCACAUUCCAUGUUAUAUUGCAAAAUCGGCCCAUAUUAAUUUGCUAAUUCCAUCCCGCUAUUUGUAACUCUAACUUACUUUGACUUUGUAUGUGUUUUUUUGGGAACAAAGUAUCAAAUAAAUUGUUACGUGAGUAGAUAACAGUGAGAUAUGUGGAAAUCAUUAAAGCAGAAAUGAAGUGAGCAAUGAGAAGAUUGGUGUUUGUCAGAUAUGGUCACCAUCAGGCUCGUUUUACGGCUUGGUUUCCUUCCUCACCGAUUUCUACAAUACAUAAACAUACUGAAUUUGGGCCCGCAAAGGACACGUCAUGAGAUGAAAUCUGAUCCUACGUAUGACAGAGACGCGUAAAAAUGAGACUGCCCAAAAGUGAGGAUAUUUCUCCUGGCCGGGGCCUGGGACAACAGUUCAUUUGACCUGGAAAAUUGUGCUCAAGAAAGAAAACGGAAACGGAGAGUGAGUGCUUUGGUUGGAAAGUGGAGUCAAAAGUUUGUGGUGUCGUAAAGCUGACGGUAAAUCUCGGCUUGACAAAAUCCAGUCUCAACCCCAAUCCAUCCAUCCACCUUUCCCAGCUUGAUCCUUCUGAAAGUGUGGAGACAAAUUCAUUUCCAGUUUUUAACAAAUCUCUCAUCUCUCCGACCUCUUUGGAAAAUGACUGCAAGACUUUGUGACUGCUCCAAAUUUUAGAAAGACAAGACAGGCUGUGCAGGAGAAAGCAAAUUACAUUGAUUGGGUGUUUUAUCCCACAAAAUCUGUACCAAAAGUCACGGCGUGUUUGUUAAGUGCAAGAUUCGCUUCCAAGAUGACUGACAAUGACCCAGAAUGCCCUCCGGAGAAGGAACAUUCGUCCGUUGGUGUCACAAUUCGAGAGGACCCGAAUUUUCGCUCCUUGACCCAACAAAGGAAAAGUCUCCUUGGAAGGCCUCUAGGAUUCAGCGAUGGCGUUAGUCCCUCUCGUCGAAAGGACUUCUCAGGAUUGAAUGGUGGAACCCUAGAUUAUAGUCCGUCUAUGUGUUUGGGCAGGAGUAGCAGAAAAGACACCAGAUACAGAAAGCUGCAGUGCAAAUUAUACAAUUUCCUGGAGAGGCCUAGAGGUCCAAAGGCUGUGCUCUACCACAUACUCAUAUUUUGUCUAGUUUUCGGCUGUUUUGCGCUGAGCGUAUUUUCAACCAUCGAGAUGUAUGAGAAGGAUGCAACCGUGGCCUUAUUUUAUAUGGAGAUUGUUGUUGUGACCUGCUUUACGACGGAAUUCGCCCUUCGAUUGUGGGCUGCUGGGUGUCGAUCUCGAUAUAUCGGAGCCAUGGGUCGACUUCUGUUCCUACGACGUCCGUUUUGUAUCAUUGAUGUAAUUACAAUCGUAGCCUCCUUAAUUGUAAUUGCUGAGGGGUCGAGCGGAAAAGUAUUCGCAGCCUCUGCACUCCGAAGUCUUCGAUUUUUCCAAAUCCUUCGGAUGGUACGCGUUGAUCGACGUGGUGGCACAUGGAAAUUACUCGGCUCCGUCGUUUGGGCUCAUCGACAAGAACUCAUUACUACGCUUUACAUAGGUUUCCUCGGACUCAUUCUUUCCUCAUUCCUGGUGUUUUUAGCAGAGAAGGAUCAACCCCAUACGAAGUUUACUAACUAUGCUGAGGCGCUGUGGUGGGGUGUAACGACACUGACGACAGUAGGUUAUGGGGACAUUUUCCCCGAAACUUGGAUCGGGAAACUGAUUGCUUCUUUCUGUGCACUUAUGGGCAUAUCCUUCUUUGCUCUUCCAGCGGGUAUAUUGGGGUCGGGUUUUGCUCUUAAAGUUCAACAGCAACAAAGACAAAAGCACAUGAUCAGACGGCGUCAACCUGCUGCAACUCUAAUUCAGUGCCUCUGGAGAUGUUACGCAGCGGACGAAAAUUCUUGUUCCGUGGCCACAUGGAAAAUCCAUCUCACGCCGCUGCCCUCUCCUCCCACGCUUAGGGCUCCCUCACUGAACAAAGGUCUUCAUGUCCACGAUACAACAGAUUCUUUGAAAAGUUUCAAACACAACGCUUCAUUCAUCGGUCGUAAUUGGCCAACGAUUAGAAGAAACAAGUCGUUGCGUCCACCCUCUCCGUCGCCCUCGCUCCAAGCCAGAGAUGGGCGCAGUGGUCCCAAAUGUGGUGCUCCUGGAGGAGGGGAUUUGGACCCAACUUCCGCAAAAUGUCCUCCAUCUGGCAGCUCGGCCCCCCCUCCGCGCCUCCAUGCAAGCACGAGUCAGGAUUCUGUGGGGAGGGAGGAAAAUUCAGUCCAUGACCUCCUGUGCGAAGACGAAGAUGGGCGUUGGCAUGAGCUCACCGCAAGACACAAGAGCGCUGUACGGGCGAUUAGAAAAAUGAAGUAUCUCGUUUCAAGGAGAAAGUUCCGAGAAGCUCUCAAGCCUUACGACGUAAAAGACGUGAUAGAACAGUAUUCUGCAGGUCAUGUUGACUUACUUGGCAGAGUUAAAGGCGUUCAGGCACGACUGGAUCAAAUUCUGGGACGACAAGGAUCGAAAGCUCGUGAUGUUUAUGACUCAAAAAUAUGUUUGGCUGCUAGAAUCGUGAAAGUGGAAAGACAGGUGGAGGACAUCGAAGGGAAAGUCGAACAGCUUUUAGAGCUGUAUUUGGAGGAUAGGAAGCGUUUAUUGGCAAUUCUCCCCUCGCCACCGUCACCUCCAAAUGCUUCGCCACCUUCAAGCGGAAACAACAGUGGUCCACCGCCCAGCCCACCCGCACCUCCGGCUGCCUCUUCUUCCCACCAUCGUCACAAACCUCGGCCUAUACUCUUAGGAAAACAGUUUAGUGAACCCAGUAGCCCUGUGAUAAGGUUGUCGCAUAGCAUCACAUAUCCGGACGAAAAUGAAUACUCCAGAAUGAGAAAAAGAGUCACUCUUAGCUCAAUUCCAUCCAAAAAAAGAUUGAUAAGUGAUGAGGAGAAAAAUGUAAAAUCCUUGGACCGGUUGGUCAUUCCCAUACCAGAGGCCGUAGAUUUUUCUCCAACCAACUUUCUCAGUGUCGACACCCAAGUCGAAGACAGUGGGGAACCAAAAGUCUUUGUCGAUGAUCAAGAACUGACCACUGUCGUGCCUGCCGAGACAACUUCUGGUACGCGAAACGGGAUGUGUGAGGGAACAUGUGUGGACCUUCAGCAAGAUGAAAAUACUCUGUAAGAUGCAAGACAAUGAUAUCUUCUGAAAAUCAGCUUUCAUAUAACUACAUAUGUGUAUAUGUACCAAUUGAAAACGAAAAUUCCUACCCAUUCAAUUUCAAUAUACUACGAUAUAAAUCACCAUAUCCUUUUCUCUCCCAUGCAUGCUAAUAACGAAGAAGUUACAAUACACGAUUACAGAAAUAACGACAGAAAGGUUGGGAUCAAGUGGACGAAAUCUAGUAAAGUGAUGAAUUAUACAUAUACACAAAUGUUAUAAUUACGCCACACCGGCCUGGUCGAUGAUUAUUUUUAUUUUCAAAUAUUUAAUUAUUUUUUGUCCAGACGUUCAAUGACAAGUAUUACCUACAAAAGAUUAAUUACUUCAACUAAUAAAUAUUAUAGCGUAAGAAUCGACACCCGCUCAAAUUCAUCACAAAAUCUCAACAAAUUGUACUAAAUAAUAUUUGUAGGAAUAUGUACAAUAUCACACACGGAUUUAAGAUAUACUUACCUGCAUUAAUAAAUUCCAGUAAAUAUCAAAUUUUAUGGUAUCCCCGUCUAGCUGUAAUAUGUACUUCUAAAAUGACCGGAGAUUCAGUAUAUGUGAUAAUUUGUUGGAAUAUUUAAGCCCACUCAUUUCGAACCAUGCGAUAUUUGAUUACAUUACAUACAUACAUAUACAUAUAUUCCAAUUUAAAGACAAUUAAAUAUUCGUGAACUCUGUAUUGCCCAAUUUAUGUAUUAUGUUACUACUUGCCAUUUAAUAAACAUAUAUACUUCAACAAUAAAAA